UCCGUCGACCGUCGCCGCGUCGCGUCGCGUCUCUCUUGCAGCUUUUUUCGUCAUCAUAAAGUAUCGCUUAUACGCGCACGAGGAAUCGGUGCGCAGUAGCGCAAAAUUAGUCGUUCGAUGCACCGCCCCCUCCUACAAUAUAGAUUAUAGAGAAAGAGUAAAACUUGGCGGAUCAAAACAAGCGAACAUAAAGCUUCCUCCCUCGCCGACAGCUCUCUCGCGGAACGAGACUUUGCACGCAGCUGCAAUCUGCAUCAGCUAUACAAUAUGACAUGGUGUAUAUAGGUACAACUGCACAUACAGCAGACAGCAGCAACGUAGCGAUGUAGAGCGAGUGAGAGGGAGCUCAAGUCAGCUGCAGUCUGCACCAGCAGCACGCACACACCGCGGGCGAGACACACGACGUUGGUGUCUACUUACACCUCCGCGAGUACAUUCUGCGGCUCAACGCACGACGUACGGACUUUCCACUCGUGCUUCUACUUAUCGCGCGCGCGCGCGCGCGCGUAUAGGUAUCGCCAAGAUGUCGGGGGAUGUUUUGCGGGACGUGCAGCAGCGGCCGCUGUUAUAUUACGCGCUUCGUCACUAACGUGCGAUGAGCUGCUGUUGUUGCUGCCUCUCGAUGCCGCCGCGGCGAGUCCUAAUUUCGAAAUCAUCAUCCGCCGCCUCCUCCUCGUCACGGCCUAAACUCUAAAGCCAGCUGUUAUUCUACGUCACUGCGCCGCUAUACAUGCGCUGCCUAUAGUAGUGCGACUUGUUAUUGCCAGCCGGAAUAAGAGAGAAAAAAAGAGUUCUGCCCGCAACCAACUGCGUUGAUAAUCCUACUGCCCUUCGAUCGCCGCUGCUGCCGUCGUCGCCGCCGCUGCUGCUGAUCAUCAGUGUGCGUCGAUUCUGCCGCGAAAAACAUCGUUAUCGCUAGAGCUUUGAGUGGUAUUUGAGUUUGGAAGAAGGAAUGGGUGCAAAAACCAGCACCAUCACACAGAAUGCUGGUGGCAAUGGCCAAUCUUCCACAGGAGCAAAUGAGACGACGAUGCAAGGUUUUUCCACACUCCGCUCCUUACCAGGCGGUGUCAGUAUGCUCCAGCAUCAGCACCAACAGGCUAAUCAGUCACAGUCCUCUAGGGUAUCAGGAGACAGUAGGCAGAGAGCAAGAUCUUUGAGUUCUGUGCCUGAUAUAUCAGCAGAGCAAGGUGCUCUUGCCUCUGCGGUAGGAGUAGGCGUGGGUCAGGUGCUCGGACUACCUCAGCUAGAUGCAGACGAUUUAGACGAAGAAAGCAGUAGAGUUUACGCCGCACACAGCUUGCCUUCUCAUAUUUGGUCUCUAAAUGGUUUAAAGUGCCCAGUUUGUUCCAAAUUUAUUCUACCGGAUGACAUAGAAUGUCACCUUGUUAUGUGUUUAACCAAACCACGUCUUAGUUACAAUGAAGAUGUACUCGCGGAUGAAAAGGGAGAAUGUGUAAUUUGCUUGGAAGAUCUUCAAGUCGGCGACGUGAUAGCACGUUUGCCUUGCCUCUGCAUAUACCACAAAAAUUGCAUCGAUAAGUGGUUCCAAGUAAAUCGCAGUUGCCCCGAACACCCCGGCGAUUGAUGUGAGCUUGAAGCUUGGGAAAGCAGUGAGACACUAAAAUGAUUUGUCGUGAGGCCCGAUCGACGUUUGCAGCAGUUCUUGCCGCAGCGUUGUCAUCGUCCAUAGGACUGGGAGUGAACACGGGGAACACGAGGCAGAGGUUAUGGAAAACAAGCUAGUCAAGGUGGCCGCUAGUCCGCGAUGUGCUGAUUUCGUGCAUACGACGUGAGUGCGACUUUGGUCGUCGCAUUUUCGGCCGACGCAGAGCGCGAUUGAACCGAAAUAAACACAAGAGGACAGAUACCUACGAAUUUGAACCCUCUAACUCUUCUACUCAUAAGUCUAAGGGACAUUAAAAAAAUCGCCAUAAGAUUCAACGAUACAAUGCUAUUACCUAUACGUAUCUAUGAUUAACUACUCUCUUACCGCUGUCGCUUUAACAAAAAUGAAACAAAAAGACACAUUCUCAAUUGUAACAUAUUUAUAAUGAAAAACAAAUCUGAUUUAGUUUUAAAUUUUAUGAAUGAAUUAAAUUCAGCGCUCUAAGCGAAACGGCGAAUAUUAUUAUUAUUACUAUUAAGAUUAUUAUCAUUUAUUAUUAAUAAUAUUAUUAUUAUUGCGAUCAUUGUUACAUUAUUAUAUAUUAUUACAUUCUUUUAUUUUGUGACGAAAAAAGAGGGAUCAGGACGAAGCUUAAACGAAUGGACCUUGCAUAGUAAGCAGGUGAGCUCUGUACAUUAGUAUAAGUUAGUUAUUGUACUUUUAAUGAUUUUACUACCAAGACGAUGUAUCGUUUUUUGUUGUCUGUUGGGGCAUGUGUACUAGAAAGGAUAUUUUUGAUACUUUCAUAAAAGGGGGAGUCGGAAUGCAAGAGAUUCGAGGACAGAUGCGGUGUUGCUGCUACGACAAACACUAAAAGUUUCUCCGUUGGACUUUUCUUUUUUCGAGCAACAAUGCGUUGUCGUUUUUAUCUUUUAUUUUGUUUCGACCGCUUGUAAAAAUUCAACAGAAACAAUGCUAAUUAACGCAAAAAAAACAAGCAUGAGCGCAAAACCAUAUUUCCCCUUUUCUUCUUGAAUGAAAAUCAUGAUGAGAUUGUUAAAAAAAAAUGAUGUGUAUAUAUAAUAAAGUUUAGAAACAUUAUUAAAAAAAUAAAGGAAAAAGAUUAAAAAAAUAUAAUAAUAUGAGACACAUUUUUACUUUAUUCAUAAAUGCCGAUUAAAUCGAUGUGCAUAUUACUCUAUGCAGACUUUCGUUCUAAGCGAAUCAAUCAUUGUUUUAAAAGUGCGUCGAAUUGCAUUCAAGCGCACCCAAUAUAAGUGCUUAGUGCGUCUUAACGAUUCAUCGACGAUCCUCGACCUUACCAAUAGCCGAUGAAAAAGUUUAUUAAUUUUACAUGAGAAAAGUUGGAUGCCAUGUGCGAUUAUUGUACAAAAAUUAAUAAAUUUUGUCGUUUAUAAAUAA